UGCAGCAGCAUCCCUGGGUGGUUUAUUCCCUUUUUCAGUGUUCCACUCACUUAUGGACACCCCUGAGACUCUGACACGAUGGGAGGGCCCUUGGUACACCCCAAACUUUCAUUUUUUGGGAGUUAUUUGUCUCUCAGCCCUGUGCUGUGUGCUGGAUAACCUUUGGAGCUUGGGAUCCCUCAUGGAUACAGAAAUGAAUGAAGCUCACUCUGUGUGCAUACCACAGGGGUUAAUUAAAUGUAAGUCUGCACAUUCAGGGGGCAUUAAGCUGAUUUUAAAGCUUUUAUUUCCUUCUCAGGUCGUUGAUUUGAAGCAGCUGGGACAGAGCUGGCUCCUCUCCGUGGGGAGCUCCUGUGGGAAGUUCAGUCCCGUGUUUCACUCGGCCACCUCGGCUCCUGCUCCUUGCCAAAACCAUGGGAAAUGCAGACCUGUUUGGGACUGAGGUUGAUUAGGAACUGCCCAAACCUUCUCCCUGCCGUGUUUUUUGGGGCUUCCCCCCCCGUUCCUGGCGCGUGACGAUGGGUUACUGCGCGGCCCUGAACUGCCAGAACGGCACGAGCGGGGCCUACAGGAACAGCUCGGUCAGUUUUUAUGGGUUCCCCCUCCACAACAAACCCCUCCUGAGGCAGUGGCUCCAAAACAUGGGCCGGGACAUGGAGACCCCCUCCAAAUACCAGUGCCUGUGCUCGGAGCAUUUCGAGGAGAGCUCCUUCGAGAGGGAUCCCGCGAAAACCCGCAAGAAGAGGCGGCGCCUGCUGAAGGAGGCUGUUCCCAACAAAUUCCUCCUGGCCUUGGAUGGCACCUGGCUGGUGGGGACUCCCCAGGGCUUCGCCGACGUGCUGAGCAACAAAUCCCGAAAACGGAUCCGGAAUUCCGAGCCCUGCAGGGUCUCUGGGAUGUUUCCUCAGUGGCCACGUCUGCAGGAUUGGCAGAAUGAAUUUUACAAGCAAUUGCUGAAGGAGAAAUUUGGAUCUUUGAUCACACUGGGAAAAGACUGUCCUGUUCCCAAAAGUCACAUCCCAGCAGGAGGAGCAGCGCGGGUCAAGGAUCCGCAGGAUUUGGAGAGAAGGAAAAUUUCUGCCAGCCCCAGCACAGGCCACGUUGGAGCCGUGACUCGGGGAUCAUCUUUGAGAGCAUCCCAAGCCCCGCACCGCCACUGCUCCGACCUGGCAGAAACAUCGGGGAGCCGCCACAAUCCGGCAACAAAUCCGGCAAAUCCGGCGGGAAUCCGGAGCAGUAACAGAGUGCUGGCGGGGCAGGAGCUGGAUGAGUUCAGGUGGUUCCUGCUGUACCACCAGGGCCAGCCCGAGGACGCGGCGGUGCCGUGGUUCAUCUGCACCGAGUGCGGGAAGAGCUUUGUCCGCCACGCGUACCUGCUGCGGCACCAGCGCGCCCACACCGGGCAGCCAGGGAGAAACCCCCCUGCUUCCUGGAGAAAACGCCCUGCUUCCCAAAGGAACCCCCCUGCUUCCUGGAGAAACCCUCCUGCUUCCCAGAGAAACCCACCUGCUUCCUUGAGAAACCCCCCUGCUUCCUGAAGGAACCCACCUGCAUCCCAGAGAAACCCUCCUGCUUCCCAGAGAAACCCACCUGCUUCCUGGAGAAACCCACCUGCUUCCUGAAGAAACCCUCCUGCUUCCAUGAGAAAUCCUCCUGCUUCCUGAAGGAACCCACCUGCAUCCCAGAGAAACCCACCUGCUUCCUGAAGAAACCCUCCUGCUUCCUGGAGAAAUCCUCCUGCUUCCUGGAGAAAACGCCCUGCUUCCUGAAGGAACCCUCCUGCUUCCUUGAGAAACCCACCUGCAUCCCAAAGAAACCCACCUGCAUCCCAAAGAAACCCUCCUGCUUCCUGGAGAAACCCUCCUGCUUCCUAAAGAAACACUCCUGCUUCCUGGAGAAACCCACCUGCAUCCCAAAGAAACCUCCUGCUUCCCAGAGAAACCCUCCUGCUUCCCAAAGGAACCCUCCUGCUUCCCGGAGAAAACCCCCUGCUUCCUGGAGAAACCCUCCUGCUUCUUGGAGAAACCCACCUGCAUCCCAAAGAAACCUCCUGCUUCCCAGUGAAACCCACCUGCAUCCCA